CGCAACCACCGCGAAAACGCACAUCGACAGCGCGGAUACGCAGCAGCAAAUCCUAUUCGCCCAGCAUCUCCCCUUCUUCAGCUACUUCGGUAUUCCUGUGUCCUAAUGCUUCCCCCGACACGGAGAAUGGAGACCGUCACCUCUGCCCUUCCAUUCUCUGCAAUGCCGACCAUCAUCAAAGGACCUGAGAUCUGGACAAUGCGUGCUUCGCAAUUUGUGUCAUGCGCCUAACUCGCAACUCGGACAAACUCAUGUUCAGUACCGAACAGAGUUCAAUCGGAGGGUGAGAGUCCUUGUGGGCAUAGCUCUAGAAUGAGAUGACUCCUCCCAUACACGCUUCACUUAAUGAUUCUACUCCAUCAAGCACUUUCCUUUUCGUCUGAUUCAGCAAAAGCCCAUUCGAGUCCAGUCUCGCGUACGAGUGGAAAUGCAAGGUCACAUCAAUCUUCAGCUGGGAUGGCCCUCGCCUUCGUUAUUUCCCGCGAAACAUUUGCUCGAUGAAGCGGCUCAAGUACCUUGCUCGCAAAAGAAAACCGCUGAAGUUCUUGUUUAUGGCCCGGAUACUGGCCUCCUUGCCUGCCACGCAAACGUCGCCAAAUAGCUGGAUUCAAUACACAAGUCUGCAGAUGGAAUAGAUAGCUCUCGCAUCUGCAUUAUGAAUGGUGCAUCUGCGAAUCUAGGAAUCGUACUCGCAAAGCUCGCAGAGCCAGGAGACACAAGAAUCUGGAUGAUUGAACCAUGCUACUUCCUUGCCUUUCCCAUUUUCGAAGAUGCAGGUUUCGGGAAGGACAUACCGGGUGUUCCAGAAGAUGGCGAAGGACUAGAUAUCGACUUUUUUUUAGAAACCUCUUUGCGCGAAUCCAAUUGUGGCGCCAAAUACCGUCACCGUAUGCUGAAAGUUGGGCCAUGGUACAAGAAGAUCCGCAAGAAUGUCAUCUAUCUUGUCCCGAAUUUCUCCAACUCGAGUUUCAAAAUCGUGUUUUGGCGAAGGAGGCAAGAGUUAGUUCGUCUUGCUAGGCAGUAUGAUGCUCUAAUUGUGGCUGACGAUGUUUAUGACGUCCUGCGAUGGCCCAAAGCUAAUAAUGAUGACACAUCUGUUCUCGGUCCAGUACCUUUUAGGAUCGUCGAUGUUGACCGAAUUCUCGACGGUGGACCCAAAGAUGACUGAGGAAUUGCAGUGAGCAAUGGCUCAUUUUCUAAACUUAUUACCCCAAGAUGCAGAGUUGGUUGGGCAGAAAACACGUCGACAUUUUCACUAGCACUUUCUGAGGUUGGCUCGAUGCGCUCAUGUGGUUGUUCAACCCAUGCUAUGGCCACAUUUGUGAACGAUCACUAUGUACUUGAUGUUCGUAUGAGAAGUGAUACAAUGUCUCAGAUUAAUAUGACCGUGAACAGCUCGAUUCAUAUAUCAUUUGCGGUUCCAUCGUUGGUACCGGAUCUCCGAUGAGAAGAACUGUUAUGGUUAUUUUGCAACUUUUUAGAAGAGCCAGUGAGAUUACAUCGGAUAUUCGAGAAUCAAAAACAGUAUCAAGUUGUCUUAAUCUUAAUAUUAUUGCACAAG